ACCCCGGAAAAAAUUAUACUACCGCACCACACAACACAAACCACCCACAACUAUACCACUCUCUCUCUAGUCCCUCAUGGCCAUGGCAACACAAGCCAGCCUGUUCACCCCAACCCCCUCAGCCCCAAAGACCAUCGCCGACCGUACAACCGCCCCAUGGAAGCAAUCAGUCUCCUCCUCCUUCAUGGCCCCCAAGCCCCUCAAGCUUUCCACCACAAGAACAAUGAGGAUUAAUGCCUCCGCUGAAGAGAAAACCGUGACCCCCACGAAAGAGGAGGCUCCGGUAGGCUUCACCCCACCUGAGCUGGACCCAACAACUCCCUCGCCGAUCUUUGGCGGCAGCACCGGCGGGCUGUUGAGGAAAGCGCAGGAGGAAGAGUUUUACGUGAUCACAUGGGAGUCACCAAAGGAGCAGAUUUUUGAGAUGCCGACCGGCGGAGCAGCCAUCAUGAGGGAGGGUCCUAACUUGUUGAAACUGGCUAGGAAAGAGCAGUGCUUGGCUCUUGGGACAAGGCUGAGGUCAAAGUACAAGAUUAAGUACCAGUUUUACAGGGUUUUCCCUAACGGGGAGGUCCAAUACUUGCACCCCAAGGAUGGUGUGUACCCUGAGAAGGUGAACCCUGGGCGCCAAGGGGUUGGCCAGAACUUUAGGUCGAUUGGGAAGAAUGUCAACCCAAUUGAGGUCAAGUUCACCGGCAAGCAAGUCUAUGACAUAUGAUCAUGAUAUUGAUUUGUGUAAUUUACAAUGUAUUUAAGAUCAUGAUGAUGACUAUGUGAGUAUAAUUUGUGCUUCUUGUAAUUUGAUUUCAUUAAAAUGCAGCUUCAGUGACAUGAUUUGGGUCAA